UUGAUCGUGCCGAAUGACUCAUCGUGUGAAAUUGAUCAUCCAGACAUGCGCGCGCGUAGACUUUUGCGACUUGACUAUCUUCUCUCAUGCCCAAAUCAACCGAAUCUCACCAUGUCCAUAAUCUCAAAGCUUUGGAAACGGUUUAUAGAACUAGAGACCCAUCUCAUCACAGCUACAGAUCUGCUCUCAACCUACCAGAGAUAAUACGACUGGUUCACCUUCAAAGGACUCACACAAAGAGCACCGCGACUGCACUCAGAAACGGCAGGAAUGGAAAGAAACGCGCUCACUCUCCUUCACCAGACUCAUUUACCUCUUCGAACAAGCGCUCGAAAACUUCAGAAGGUGCCAUUGCUCAUACUGACCCCUGUCCCGCGUUGAUGGACUACCCAUCGAAUCUGGACGGCUUUUCGUUUCACAUUUUUCCGGAAGAAAACACAAAACUCGUCCCCGCAUUCCAUCAUAUCAUGGAGAUUGAUUUUACCAGUGAAAUACCGGUCGAUGGGCUCGCGGAUCAGUUUUCGUCUUCCAAUUCAUGGCAGGAAGAAGAAGAUUGGUUUCGAAAUGAGUUGUCUCGCAUUAGCUUGGGACAUUCCGAACCGUUUUCUAUAGAUCUAGGAGAAGUCAAAUUAGCAAAAACAAGUGGUGGUCGUUAUGUGCUGACUACACCAUCUUCGACGACGUCUACAUGGUUGGCCCUGGUACCAGUGUGCAAUUCUUGGAAUUUGGAACAGGAAUCCUUCGACUUCGCAUAUUCAGACACAAAAGACCUCAUACACUGUCUUAAGGUGCUUGCACCACACGGAAGAGUCGCGACUUACCUGCGUUCAAAAUUCAUUAUUAUCCCAGACGCAAAUAACGCACCAUCGUUCCGACUUCAUAUUGAACUCUCUGGGUCGUUUGUUACACCCACCAUAUUCGAGACCAUUGCGAAGAGACCAUACAUCGAGGAUGCGCAGCGUCGCGUGCUUUUAUUCGUUUACCCUCCUAGCCCAGCUCCACCGUCGUUCGAAGGUGUUGUUAAUAUUCCAUUUUACUAUUCCAUUCUAGGUCCUGCUCCACCCCUUGCUUCUACCGUGGCUGAAGAAUCCAUGCAGCCUGAGCGUCUCGAACCCACACUUCUUCCCUUUCAACGACGCACCGUUGGUUGGCUCCUAGACCGAGAAGGAAUGACUGUUUCAAAGGAUGGCCAAAUAGUUCCUAAAGACAGAUCGUCGGGGUUUACAUUUUGGCAAGCUGUCGAGAUGGAUGGCGAAGAAUGGUUCUUUCAUCGCUUAUCGGGCGUUCUUCGUCCGGAUUCGCCGUUUACGGAUGAAGAAAACGAUGCCUAUCACGGUGGCAUCCUAGCUGAGGAACCAGGACUGGGAAAAACAAUCGAAACAAUUUCACUUAUCCUGCUCAAUCCCGCACAACACCGCUUCAAGCCCUCUCUCACACGCUGGGAUCCAGAAGCCAAUGUGACUGUCAAGGCAAUCAAGUCCACGCUGAUUGUUACACCUGCUAAUCUUGCAAGUCAAUGGUCCGAAGAACUGAAGGUACAUGCCCCUGGCCUAAAGGUGUUGGUGUACAAUGGGUGGUCAAGUAUCAAGAUCCCCAUCAGCGAUGAGCAAGUAGAGCAAGAACGUCAACAACGGCAGAAGGCUCAGCAGAAGGCCCAAAAGAAAUCUGGUAGAGCUAGAACAAAAGCUGAAGCUCAGGCAAAUAUCAAGAAGAAAGGAAAAGCAACUGCAGUUGAUGUUGGUGCUAUUGAUGUAGAUGUCGAAGAAGAGAUCGUUGAUUGGUGUUCUUACGUGCACGGAUUUGACGUGGUGAUCACUACGUAUACAGUGCUUCAGAACGAUUUUAAUGUUGCUCGUGUGCCUCCAAAGCGCCCUCGGCGAGAUGGUGUCGUAUACACUAAUAUCGCGAGGUCAAGGUCGCCGCUUAUCUUAGUCGAAUGGGCUCGGGUGGUGAUGGACGAAGUUCAAAUGGUCGGCGGUGGAAAGACUGAGGACAUGGUGUCGCUAAUUCCUCGACGCUCAUCACUAGCGGUAUCCGGAACUCCCGCUCGCGCGCAAGUCUCGGAUUUGUCGCAUGUCCUCAAAUUCCUACGAUUCGACAUUGAACCUCGUCUAUGGAAACGGCUCCUCCUCCCAGGUUUCGCUGGCGAAUUCUACCGCCUUUUCAAACACUAUUCUGUUCGAACCAUGAAAUCCCAAGUCUCGCACGAAUUGACCAUUCCUCAGCAGACGCGAUAUCUGGUCAGUAUAGACAUGGGUAAAGUUGAACGUUUGGUUUACGAUCAAUCGUUUGAGGCCAUUCUCAAUGACCUGGGACUUGAUGCGAGAGGGGUUGCAGCUUCGGAAGGUUGGGAAGUUGAUGGUGCUCUUCUGAGAUCAUCUAUCCGUCGUCUUCGUGGUAUCUGUACACAUCCUCAGGUUGGGCAACUUGUCGGGCAGAACGAGCGCCUUUAUAAGCCCGGUGCCCUGAAAACUAUGGCAGACGUUUUACAAAAUAUGAAAGACCAGAAUUGGCGUAAUCUUGUUGAAGACUGGAAAUCUAAGAUUCAAGCUAUGAUAAAAAUUGCGCAACUCAAGCAACUUGAUAUGAAACUAUUGAAUCGUUUCCAACCAGUUCUUGAAGUUCUUCUUGCAGUUGAGAAGGAGGCCGAAGGGAUGAUUGCUGAAAUCGAGAGAGUAAUUGCCGAACACGAUAUCAAAGGAGAAGCGCUCAAACGGGAGGCUGCCGAACAACGGGUACUACAAGCAUCUAAACAUGCAGGAGAAUCCUCAAGUAAAGGUAAAGAGAAGCAGAGGGAAAAAUCACCGUUUUCUGAAGAUGACGAGGAUGAAGAUGAGGAAGAUGACGUAGAGGAUAACGAUUUACCGAAGACACCGGCUGGAAAGGAACAUCGGGACAAACGAAGCGCUCUCAUGCAUCGUCUUCGUGAAGCCCGCGUCCAAUUUCAUCGAGUCAAAUUUUUGCAAGGCGAUGUCUAUCAUAACCUCGGGGAGAUGUACACUGCCCAAGAAAACGGCGCGUACGCCGUUGCUGAAGCUGUUCGUCGGGACCUUUUAAAAACGACCGAACAAGAUGCCAAGAACGGAAUGGCUCAGUUACACCUCGACAUCAUUGGUGGUAGAGCCGGGGUGAGCAAGACGGACUUACUGAUACCUGUACCAUAUCUUGAGCAAGGGGGAAUACGAUCCGCCGAUACGAUUGAGGAACUUCACGAAAUCAUCGAAAAUGUUUUGAAUGAACAAACUGAAUUGCUAUGGGAAUGGCGAAGUAAAAUUCACUCGCUUCUCACCCAGAGCUUGAAUUCAGGAGAAGAUGAUGCCGAUGGUCAAGAGUAUCAGCGUACGCUAGAUAAUCAGGGAGAGGCCGAAACGUUCUUGCAGGCAUACGCCGCACUUCUUGCUGACCGUCGAGAAGCUCUAAUUAAUGAGCGGACUCUUUUGGCUGCUCACGAUGCGCGGGAGGUAAAACAACGAAAGACAAAGGCUGCCAUGAAAGCCAUUGCCCAUGCUAAACUGGAUGUUCCUGAUGAUGUCGAAAUCCAGCCUGAACACGAAGUCCUAUAUAAGCAACUCUCCGAAAAGCACAAAAGCUUACUUUUAGAUCUCAAUGGUCGUGCUGUUAGAAGUAUCCUCGUCGACUUGACUAGCGCUUAUGCGCGAGUAGAAAAGGCCGGUCCUGAAAAGGAAUUGCUCGCAGCGGCUGUUGCAGACCUGCGCAAACUAAUAAGCUCUCAACAAACGCUCAUGGACAAGGUUGGCGCCGAUCUUGCGCUCUUCCGGAAAGCAUUCAAUCAGCGUGUUCUAUAUUUCCGUCAACUGCAAGAAAUCUCUGAUUCAGUGGCUGAAGUCGAAUUCGAAGGAAGAAGAGAGGAUGCUUUGGAUGACUCGGAGAAAGAAGUCAAGGAUUUGGAAGCCAACAUGAUCACAACCAGGGCUCAUCAACGAUAUCUCGACCAUCUUGUGAAAAGUAACGAAGAAAAUGAGCUUGAUGAGGACGACAAGUGUUGCAUUCUGUGCCGCUGCGAAUUUGAGAGAGGAUUUAUAACCACUUGUGCACACAUCUUCUGUGAAGGCUGUCUGAAAGAAUGGAUGGGCAAAAAAGAUGGGAAGAAUUGUCCUGUCUGUCGUGUCAUGAUCGAUAUGGGAAACUUGCAACGCUUUAAGUUGUACGAGCCACAGCAGCCUGCAGCGCCAAACCCAAUUGUAAAUGGUGAACUCGUACCCACUUCUAAUCGAAAGAUAGACUACAACAUGAUUGAUUCCACGAUUUUUGAAGACAUUCAGUCGAUGCAAGCUAUUGGCGACUAUGGCAGUAAAAUACAGACGCUGGUUCGACAUCUCAUGUACUUGGAACAAUCUGAUCCAGGUUCAAAAAGUAUUGUCUUUUCUGCUUGGGCUGAUUCAUUGACUAUUGUCCAAAGUGCUUUGCGCGACAACGGCAUACAAUCUAUCCGAAUAGACCGGGGAACGAGAGGAGAAGGUCCAGUAAAGAAAUUCAAAGUGAAACCAGAAAUUUCCGUGCUUCUUCUUCACGGUGAACGUGAAAACGCUGGUCUCAAUGUCACUUGCGCUUCGCGGGUUUUCCUUCUAGAGAGCGUAGUCCACCAUGGGUUUGAGAUACAAGCUAUUGCUCGGAUCGACCGUAUGGGUCAAACUCGACCUACAGAAGUCUACUGCUACUAUGCUGAAGACACUGUUGAACGAAACAUUCUCGACCUUGCCGCUCGCCAAGGGCUUUCUUUAUACACCAAGGCAAACUCUGCUGGCACUCUCAACAUCUCGUCUUUUGCGAACGAAAAACAAGCUAUCGAGUCCCCGGCCAAGAAGAACUCAAAAGCUGUGAAGGGUGACUUCAUCUCCAAGUAAGUUAAUUUUGUACAGCUAUAUUCCAACCAUUUGAUUUUAUUCCAUGACCUUUAGGAUUGACGACAUGCUAGCGGUCCUCUUCCCCCAUAUGUUUGAAGAUUUAGAGUAUCUUCUGCCGCCCGAGGACUCGGAUAUUGUGAUGUCCGACGUAACCAAUACAUUCCCCGAUGCUCAUAGUGCUGUGAGUGAGACGUCUGGCGCAGGGAAAGGGAAAGGUAAGACUCGCGCGGUUCGGGAAAAUGCGGUGGCAGGCCCAUCUAGACUGAGGCGCUGAGGCUCGAGAUAUACCGUCACAUCUACACUAGUAUCCAUAU